UGUAUCAUAUUCAUCAAGAGCUCUGCAAAAGCACUCUAAAUUGGGCAUUACUAGACACAAAAUAACUAUGUCUCUCAGUAACUCAUCGUCACUUGUUCUAAUAACUUUGAUACUUGCCACAUCUGUCCUAGUCUCCGAGAGCCGGGUCGCAAGAAAAGACUUGGGAUUAGACCUUGGCGGGAUAGGUGCUGGUCUUGGUAUUGGUAUAGGUAUCGGUGGAGGAGGGUCCGGAUCCGGAGCUGGUGCCGGAUCUGGCUCUGGAGGAGGAGGGUCAAGCUCGUCUUCCUCAUCUAGCUCCAGCAGUUCUUCGAGCUCCGGUGGUGGCGGAGGUGAUGCGGGAUCCGAAGCUGGAUCGUACGCCGGAUCACGUGCCGGGUCUGGUUCGGGAGGGCGUUCGGGGUCAGGCCGUGGAAGGGGAAGUGGAGGAGGAGGGGGUCACGGUGGAGGAGGCGGAGGAGGAGGGGGUAGAGGUGGAGGUGGUGGAUCCGGUAACGGAGGAGGGUNACUAAAAAGAAUUCCAAGAUAA